UGUCACGCAAAAGGCAAAUUUUGGAUGCUAUAUCGUUAAAAAGCUUGUAAACUUUAUGCUGAUGAAUUGCCGUGACAUUUUGCCUCAUUGCAUUAAUAUAAUACCAAUUUAAAAUUGAAUUAUUCAAUGCUCUAGUUUUAAGAAUGGAUGUUUAAAAACCAGUGUUUAAAUGGUUUUGUUUUCACACUUGUUUGGAUAAAGGCGCCCUGUGACAGGGUUUAAUUCAAUUUCAGUAGGUAGCUCAUUUCGUGUGGCAUUGAGCAAAGGCCAUGAGCACUUUAGAGGAGAGGCGGGCCGAGAGGCGCCGACGUCGACAGAUGGACGAAGAAAGUUUGGGGGCGGAGACGAAAUCAGCUGAUCAGGUACACGCAGAGGUCCAGGAACGGUUGGCAAGAAGACGCAGGGAACGUGAAGAACGGCUCGUUGCCAUGGCAAGCAGUGUAGCGACGGUGAACGGAGAAGACGACCUUGAACGUCGAAGGCGGGAAAGGCGAGAGACAAGACUGAGAACUUCUGGUGACACUGAUUCAGCGUCCACGGACGACUUCAGCUACCGUAGAAACAGGCGUCGGGGAACAGACGACGAUAUUACAGAGGAUACACCUACAGUAAACGACACAUCAAGUGUGCCAGACACAUCAGAAGUAGAUAGCGCAGCAGAACGUCGCCGUCGGCAACAACAGGAAGACGAAGAGGAGGCCCGUCGUCAACAGCAACGCGAGGAAGAAGAGGAGGAGCGUCAGAGACAAGAGGCUGAACGCAGAAAGGAGGCAGAGGAGGCAAGACGAAGACAAGAGGCCGAGCGGGAACGUGAACGACAGCGACUUGAGGAGGAAGAAAGAAGACGACAGGAGUUUAGGGAUGCAGGACCAGACUCUGAUUCCCAAGAAAGCUAUGAAGAAGAUCAGAAAGAAAUUGAAGAUGACAACAGACUCUUCAUUGAUGAAAGGGAACUAGAUGUCAAGGAUAGUUCUAAAAAUGCAAAGGGUGACACAAAACUUACAGAAAGCACAAAAGUGGAUAAAUUUGAGCAAACGAGAAAGUGGAAUGAGGAUUCGAACAGUAGUAGCGACCGUGAACAAAAAUGGAAUAAAUUUGAAACAGUAAUUGGUUCUACUGAAGGUGCAGGGGAUAAAUCUUACAUAAGUGUUGCUAGUGUUAAGGAAGUGAAUAAUAACAAGAUUCUGGAUAGAUUGAGCAAGUUUGAGAACCUGAAAGAUGAGAGUGAUGCAAGUGCUAAGAAACCUCGGGAUAUAGCUAUGCUAGUAGCAGUACCUGAUGGAUUAAAGGGUAAACUCCAGAAGUUUGAACAAGAGAUAAAGGAGCAAGAAAACCAGGCUAAGGAUGGAGCUGGUGCUAACAAAGGAAAGAAAGAGAUGUACACACCCAAGCCCCACAAGUUGUCCAAGAAGUUACAGCAGUUUGAGACGGCUGCCCGCACGUCUGCCCGUGCCAGCAAAUCUGCAACCAAAGAUGUCCAGUUUGAACUGUCUAAGAUAGGAAGUGCACGGGGUCGUAGAAAGGCUCUGUUGGGUCGAUGGAGCGCAAGCGAGACCCAAAUCAAUCGGACAGAGUCCAGGGAGAGCACUCCACAACGUAAUGUGCUGGAAAGAUGGAAGUCUACAGACAAACAAUCCCAGGAGCCUGAGACUAUCAAAUCACCAACUGAGAAGAAAGAAAGCCUACAAAAACGUCUGAGCGGAAACACAGAGUUCAUAGCCUCAAAAUACAUAGGAAAGGCCAGUAAAGGUGUUGAUGAAUCAUUAACCUUGCCAAAGAGUCCUGAACCUACUAUGAGAGAACCUUUUAUUAGAAGUGACAGCCAACGCAAUGAAACAGUUCAGCGAGCUUCACAAUUUUUCGAGCAUCAGGCCGAAAUUUCUCAGGAAGUUCGAGGAGGUCAAUCGAAAGAGCCACUAGGAUUAGAAGAAGUUAAUGCGAGACUGGCUAAGGCAAAGAUUGCUGACCGCUGGCCUUUUAAAGAUGGGAAUAGGGAGAGUUUGGAGGAGAAUAAAGUGAACCAGUCUAAAAUGGUCACUAGCAAGGACCAGCCAAGGGUCAAGGUCACUGAUAGGUGGUCAUUCAAAGGCACUGACCAGGGCCGGUCAGUUGGUCAGAUGACCAAUGGGACCAAUCUACAUAGCCGAGAGUCAAGUUAUGACCAAUCAAGUGUACACAGUAGCGAAUCAAGCUUUGAUAAAUCGUCAGACAGUUCCAGGCGACGAGCGUCACUGCAACGACAGGAGGAAGAGGAGGCUGAACUAGAGAGGCAGAGACAGGAAGAAGAGCAAGCAAGAAUGGCUGAAACAGAGCCCAAGAAGAAGAGGGGGAAGAGGAAGGGUCUGGGAGGACUCACCCCGGAGAAGAAGAAGAAACUUAAGCAAAUUAUUAUGCAAAAAGCUGCGGAAGAUCUUAAAAAAGAAGCUCUAGCAAAAGCCAAGGAAAAAGAGAAAUUCAUUAACGAACGUGUAGGUCCCCUCAAUAUAGACGGUCUCGGAGAAGAUGAGCUGCGUAGGUUUAUCAAGAACCUUCAAGACAAACUUGCUCAAAUCCACUCUGAGGCGUAUGACAUCGAGUUUAAGUUGUUCAAGCAGGACAAGGAGGUGGCGGACCUCACCAUGAAGAUCAACGACUCACGUGGAAAGUUUGCCAAACCAGUUUUACGUAAAGUUAAUAAAACGGAACAGAAGUUUGCCGCUAUAUCUACUAAAAAGACCGAUCAUUCUUCAGACUUUAGAGAAACAUUGAAAUCUGCCCAUGAUGAUGAUGAGGAGGGUGCAGAAUAGUAGUUCCCCUUAGCUUAGACCUCUGGGGUCUGAGGUCCUUAGAAUUAAUUCAUCUUUAUCAAAUUUUACUGGAGCGAAGUGCAGCAGACUGGAUGCGAGAUGUCAAGUGACCUUCUAGUUUGCACUGAAUAAAUUCUCUUCACUGAUUGGUGGAAAACUUCACCUGAAGGCCUGCAGUGAAUACAUCAUGGCUGAACAGUGGAGUAAAAUGAAAUUGUUACAUUUCCUGUAUCUUUGGCAAAUCUGUAACCUUACAUAUUUUCGUAUAGUCUAACCUUUCGUUUAAAAAAACCAAGACAUAGAGUAUGAAACAGUGUGUUUAAGUUGUUGAUUUGUUGGAUGUUAAAUGCUUCUUGUAUUUUGUGUAAAUGAUUGAGUCCGAAUUUAUGAAUAAAAAUAUGAUUGUGAAUGUUGUUUGAAAUGUAGCAAGCUUUGCUAAUGUACAGUUGUGUUUUCAUAAAUGAAUAUGUUCUGUUUUGUAAGUUGUUAUACAAAAGAGUGGGUUAAAUUUAAAAUCAUAUCCACAUUAGAACCUAAAAUGUAUAUUCAUGUUUAGGAUAAAAGACAAACUCAGUAUUUUGCUAACACUACAUUCACCAUCAUUUCAAAAACCACUGGCAAAAUUUCAAACUGUGUAUGAUUCAUUAAAUAUUAUUUGGAUGUAUAGAUGUUAUUAUAUUAAUUGAUAUAUACUUUAUGCCAUUUUACGCCAUGUAACAAACUGCAUAUUGCAGUAUAACUACUUUAUUUUUUCAGGUUCAUGCAUAUUAAUCCAAUAUAAUGGCCAUGUAGAUAUAAAGAUGUGCAUAUUAAAGUAGAAAUUAUAAAUUGCAAUACAUUGCCAUAUAUGUUAUAUACUAGUCAGUAAGUUUUGAUAUUAUUUAAAACGCAAAUUUAAUUCUUAGAUUUCGCUUGUUUUAUCUUUUACAUUGAAUAAAUAAGUAACUUAAAACUAAAAAAAUGGAAUUAAUAUAACUUUUGAAGCAUUAAGAUAAGAAAGAUAAUGGUAAGAAAGAUUUCGAAGAAAAUUGAGCAAAGGCCAGUUACUUUGUGGAGAAAACAUAAAAUAAAAUUAUCAUGGUUUUAAGCAUUCUUCAUGUUUGUUUUGCUGCAAAUCUGUUGUUUUUAUGAGCUUCAAAAGAUCUGUUUUCAUUGUUACUCAAAAAUUGAUUUAUAUUUUUGUAUAUAUGUUGCUUUUAUUAUUCUACUACCAGCUUGUGUUACAUAUAGUCUACAAAAGUCAUUGGGUUUUUUUCCAUUAUACUGCUGAAAAAAAGAGGAAUAGGUUUUUUUGUUUACUAUUUAGUAUUACUGCUGUAGUCUAGUAAUUUUGCGAAAUCACUGACUCCUCAUCUUUUUGCAACUUAAAUUUACAAAAAAAAAACAAUCUAGAUUAUUGAUUUCGAUAAAAAGAUUCCUAGAAAAGAUGAAAUGAGAAGAAAACAGUCAUAUUUUUGAAAGGCUCUGCGUUAUUGCAUUACAUUAAAGAUGUUAAAAUUGGUUCUACAAAGAGUCCUAGCUAGCCUUUAUCAUUAGUUGCAAUAUACCCAUGUACCAUGAGCUUUACAAUUUAUAACUAUUUCCACGGUUUGUGUGAUUCUCGUAGUGUUACGUAUGCCCCUUGACAGAUUUUGAAAUAGUUAGUCACUGGUUCAUUGUUUUACUCAAAAUAGAAAGGAUGUUCUGUAAAAAAUAUGUUUAUUUUCCUAGCUCUUCUUGUGUGCAACGUUUGAUUUGGUUGAAAAAGGUUGUAGUGUUAAAUAUUAUAUUUUUCAUUUCUUACAAGUCAUCAAUCAACAUUAGAUAUAUAACUUUUUAUUUUCUGAUUUCAUAAAGUGAAAUGGAAUAGUUUGGUGUAAGGUCAUUUACGAAAGACUGCAUACAAACUAUUUAUUUAACUAUUGCAAGCUGUUGCUGUAAUGAUUGGUCGCAAAAUUAGUGGGUAUGAAAUGAACCAAUGAAUGACUUUGAUGUUUCAAAGCUGUUUAUUUAGGAUAGUUCUACUUUUAGCCAUACAUUUUAGUGAAAUGUAUAUUUUAUAUAAGACAGGAAAUUGUAAACAAAUACACAACCAUCGUCAUUGUAUUUUGCAUUUAAGAGUAUUUUUUCCUACUUGUCAGGUACCAUUGUUUAACAUACAUCAGAUCUUAACUAGAAUACAAUGUACCUCUAUGUAUCAUAUUAUGUUCAGUUAAAACACCCUGUAUAGAAGCAGUUAAAGGACGCUACAUCUUGUCUUUGUACUGUUGGAAUCUAUACUGUCCUGUUUGUUUCUAUGUUAAGCAAAGUGGUGAAGAGACCUCCUGGGCCUGAGUAUUCAUAAAACAUGUUAAGUCAUUUCUUAACUUAAGUCAAUUUACAAAAAAAUUCUUAGUGAAAUUUUAAGCAGAGUACAAGUGUUUUCAACAUUACAUGUACUUAUUUAACAUAAAAGUAAUGAAAAUAAAGUAUUUUAGAUAUUAUUAAGUUAUUUUAUCAUAUGACCAAUCAGAUACUCACCUUAGGAAAAUGACUUAUGUUAGGAAUUGACUUGAGAAGUUUGAUGAAUAUGGACCCUGAAUGUAAGCACAUUGUAAGGUGUGAAAGAAAACAAGUUUUAAAUGACAUCAAAAACAGAGGCAUUUACAACUGUGUCGCUUUCGCUCCUCAAUCACUAAUCUAACUUGAACUAACAACAGACAACUGUCACUAACUCCCAACCUCCUUGUUACACCUUAAAAGUUGAGCUAUUAAAUAAAUCUCAUUCCUCUC